AUGCGGCUUCCCCGGCCUCAGCCCUGGGGGCUCGCUCUGCUGCUCGUCCUCCUGCCUGGGGCGCUGAGAGCAGAGAACCAUCGCUCGCUGCAGUACCACUUCACCGCCGUAUCGGCCCCCGCCGCGGGGACCCCUGCUUUCUGGGUUUCGGGCUGGCUGGGGCCCCAGCAGUACCUGAGCUACAAUAACCUGCGAGGGCAGGCUGAGCCCUGCGGCGCGUGGGUCUGGGAAAGCCAGGUGUCCUGGUACUGGGAGAAAGAGACCACCGACCUGCGAAACCAGCAGACGCUCUUCCUCCAAGCGCUCCAAGCUCUAGGCGAAGGCCCCUUCACCAUGCAGGGCCUGUUGGGCUGCGAGUUGGGCCCUGACAAUGUAUCAGUACCGGUGGCCAAGUUUGCCCUGAAUGGCGAGGAGUUCAUGAUGUUUGACCCCAAGCUGGGCAUCUGGGAUGGUGACUGGCCUGAGUCCCGGACCGUCAGUAUCAAGUGGACGCAGCAGCCCGAGGCGGUCAACAAGGAGAAGACCUUCCUCCUCUACUCCUGCCCGCACCGGCUGCUGGGGCAUCUGGAGAGGGGCCGAGGCAACCUGGAGUGGAAGGAGCCACCCUCCAUGCGCCUGAAGGCCCGCCCCGGCAGCCCCGGCCUGUCUGUGCUCACCUGCAGUGCCUUCUCCUUCUACCCACCUGAGCUGAAGCUGCGCUUCCUGCGGAACGAGCUGGCCACUGGCUCUGGUGAGAUACACAUGGGCCCCAACGGCGACGGCUCCUUCUACGCCUGGUCAUCACUCACAGUCAAGAGUGGUGAGGAGCACCACUACCGUUGCGUGGUGCAGCACGCGGGGCUGGCCCAGCCCCUCACGGUGGAGCUGGAAUCACCAGCCAGGACCUCGGUGCCAGUGGUUGGAAUCGUCAUCGGCUUCUUCCUGCUCCUGACAGUGGCUGUGGGAGGAGCUCUCCUGUGGAGAAGGAUGAGGAAGGGGCUGCCAGCUCCUUGGAUCUCUUUCCGUGGGGAGGAUGUAGGGGCCCUCCUGCCCACUCCCGGCCUGUCCAAGGAUGGUGAAUCUUAG